CCCCCAAUUCCUCUUCUCUCUUUCUCUCUCUCUCUCUAGCUCAAUCUCGACACUUUUUAACACAUUUUUUCAACCACAACAACAAUGUGCCACCGCCAGCUAAACUCCUCUCCUCUCUCCUCUAAAUGCCCUUGCCUUAGCCUACUCUCAAUCACCGUCCCUACUGAGCCCAACAAACACACCCCACUUUUGAGCCACCAAAGCCCAACACCUAAACAACAGCAACAGCAACAGCAGCAGAAGCAUAAUCAGCCACCAGAAAUCCAGGAACCACCACAAAAAACCCACCUCUCCCUUGCAAUCGGAGAAGCCAUAUCCAUUGCCAAAAUAGCCCUUCCUAUGAUACUCACUGGUCUUUUGCUCUACUCUCGAUCGAUGAUUUCUAUGAUCUUCCUUGGCCGCCUUGGCGAGCUUGCUUUAGCCGGUGGUUCUCUUGCCAUCGGCUUUGCUAACAUAACUGGCUAUUCUAUCCUCUCUGGACUUGCCAUGGGAAUGGAACCCAUUUGUGGUCAAUCUUUUGGAGCCCGAAAACACACCCUUCUUGGUCUCACUUUGCAAAGAACUAUACUUUUGCUAAUAUUGACUUCCUUGCCCAUUUCUUUACUAUGGUUAAACAUGAAAAGAAUUCUUCUUUUUUGCGGCCAAGAUUUGGCCAUAGCCACAGAAGCACAGUCAUUUCUUCUUUAUUCUCUUCCUGACCUCUUAGCCCAAUCCCUUUUACACCCAUUGAGAAUCUAUCUCAGAACUCAAUCCAUAACCUUGCCUUUAACAUUUUGUGCUACUCUAUCAAUUCUUCUACACGUACCCAUAAAUUAUCUUCUUGUGACACACCUUAAUUUAGGAAUCAGAGGUGUUGCCCUUAGUGGGGUGUGGACUAACUUCAAUCUUGUAGGUUCUUUAAUCAUCUAUAUCCUUAUCUCCGGUGUCCACAAAAAGACCUGGGGAGGAUUUUCCAUGGAGUGCUUUAAAGAAUGGAAAACUCUCUUGAACUUGGCCAUUCCAAGCUGCAUCUCAGUGUGUCUUGAAUGGUGGUGGUAUGAAAUCAUGAUUUUGCUAUGCGGGCUGUUGUUAAACCCAAGAGCAACCGUUGCCUCUAUGGGCAUUUUGAUUCAGACUACUUCACUAAUCUACAUAUUCCCAUCUUCUCUAGGCUUCAGCGUAUCUACAAGGGUAGGAAAUGAACUGGGUGGUAACCAGCCUAAGAAAGCAAAGCUCGCAGCUAUUGUAGGCCUCUCUUGCAGCUUCAUUCUGGGCUUUUCAGCUCUAAGUUUUACAGUUACAGUAAGGAAAAUAUGGGCUAGCAUGUUCACACAAGAUAAAGAGAUUAUUGGCUUAACAUCACUUGUUUUGCCAAUAAUAGGAUUGUGUGAGCUAGGGAACUGCCCACAAACAACAGGCUGUGGAGUGCUAAGAGGAACUGCUAGACCGAAAGUAGGGGCAAACAUCAACUUGGGUUGCUUUUACCUUGUUGGCAUGCCAGUGGCAGUGUGGUUAGCAUUUUUCGCUGGAUUUGAUUUUGAAGGACUAUGGCUAGGCCUCUUGGCUGCGCAAGGCUCGUGUGUCGUGACCAUGUUGGUGGUUUUGUGUUGCACAGAUUGGGAUUUAGAAGCCCAGAGAGCUAAAGAGCUCACCGGAGCUCUUGGCGUUGUUGAUGAAAACCAAGAGAUUGAGGAAAAGAAGCCAUCCAAACCUGAAAUCAAAGGGGAUUCUUUAUAUGAUUUUGGUGAUUCAAAUAAGUCACCAGUUUAAUUUAUUUUGCCGUAAGCUGUACAGAGGAGGAGAGGGAGUAUUUAAUUUUGUCCUUUUCUCUUUUUCGCCAGGGAGCCUUUACUGCUACUUCCAUUGAAAUUCAAUUUCGCCAUUAUAGAGGAAAAAAAAAAACCUAUUUAAAUGUUUGCAGGUAAUUGAAUAUCAUGGGAGACAGCCAAAACAAUAACCCACCGUUUUA